GAGAGAGAGGAAUACAGAGCCAGGGAGACAAGAGAAGGGGCCUUUUUUCAGCUGCUAGUUAACGCACAGAGAGAAGGAGAACCAGGAGGAGAGGCCAACGAGACGCUGCAUUAGCGAGGGAGAGGGGAGACGGGACCAGGCUUAGAGAGAGAGAGAGAGGGAGAGAAAAAGAGAGAGCGCGAGAGAGGGAGGGAGAGAAAAGAGGCGGUCGCCAUGGAGCAGGUGGCUCAGUCUCCGCGUCGCCGCAGCGACAGCUCCGUCAAAGAGUCUCUUUUCUUCCCCGUGCUGGAACGCAACGAGAAGGAGCCUGAGGCCUUGAAAGGCGCCGGGUCCAUGGAGCGGGGACCACCGAUGGACCAGAGACCCAAGCGCUGGACCUGGGGCGGUCAGCCCGGAGACUGCCAGGGUGACCUUAAGACCGCCCCGCCUUCUCACUCCUCGUUAGCCCAUGACCCCGCGUCUGCCAGCCCCUCCCGGAUGGUGGCUGAUUACAUGACCUUGUCUGAGUCUCAGGACUCGUCCCUCAACAAACGUCUGUCCUCCUCCUCCACAUUACCCAGUGUCACAGAGAGAGCUUCGCCCAGCCCCCACCGGUCUCCCUACAGGGGCUCCCCCAGCCGAGCGGAACGCAAGAAGAACAACAACGGCAGCACGCCGGGGCCCAUCAUGGAACCCAAGGAACCGUCCAAGGAACCGCCCAAGGAACCCAAGACCCCUCAGAUGGAAAAACAGGUGGGAUGCACCACCCCCACCCUGAUAGACCCAUCCCCCAAACGUCUUGAGUCCCCCACCACACCAACCAAAAGUGCCUCUACCAAGACACAAAAGCAUCACGGCACCCCUAAAAGCAGGGUCAGAUCGUCCAAGAGCCGCACCCAGUCCCCCUGUUCCCCAGGACAGUACCCGCCGUCCCCGAUGAGACACCGCGCGUCCACCCCAUGCGACGGCCCUCGGAGGCUGGAGGGCGAGGAGAAGGCGGCCAUGGAGACCCGGGGCACCAGUACCCUGGAGAGGAAGACCUCCAGGUCUGAGAACGCCGAGCGCAAAAUGCCCAAGUCUGCCAGCCGGGAUCUUGGAGAGCGCAGCGCAGAGUCCCCAGGUACCCCCACAGGGAAGUCCUUUGCGGGGACCACUGAUGCGGAGGAGGCCGCCAGACUGCUGGCCGAGAGGCGUAGACAAGCCCGCGUGCAGAAGGAGCUUGAGGACAAGCAGCGCGCUGAGGAAGAGAGGCUGAGGGCAGAGGAGGAGCAGCGGCGGCAGGAGGAGGCGCGGGAGCAGCAGGAGCAGGCGGCGCUGUGGGCCGAGCAGGAGAGGAGGCGGCAGGAGGAGGCGCGGCAGCAGAAGGAGCUGGAGGACCGGCGUCAGAGGGAGCGGCGCUGGCAGGAGAUCCAGGACCAAUGGGAACGAGAGAAAGAGGAGGUGGUGCUUCGGGCCCACCGCGAGGCGGAGCGUAAGCAGCAGGAACGAGAGCUGGUCAAGAUUCAGGAGGAGCAGGAGAGACUGCAGAGGAAGAAGAGGAUCGAGGAGAUCAUGAAGAGGACACGGAAAAGCGAAGAACCAAAGAAAGAAGACGUGCUGGUGGAGUCGCCAUCCCCUGAGACGGCGCAAGAGUGCAGAGACCUCAAACAGGCCAGCGUGGGUCAGCGGCAGAGACCAGAGCCCCUGGGCGCAGUGGAGUCUCCCCUCAUCAGCCUGCAGCCCCUGGAGGCCAAGAGCUGUGUGGCCGAUGACCUCUCUGAUGGCGUCCAGUCUAUGGACGUCAGCCCUGUAUCACGAGAUGAGCUCGUCUCUGUAGCAGACUACUCCCCUGUUCCCGAGGCUCCCCAGAGUAGUGUGAGCAAUGCCAAGGCACUGGAGGACCUGCUGGAGAUUACAGGCCAAGACGCCUACCCCAGUCUUCCCUCCUCCACUACGCUCGGGGACCUCAAUAAGAACCUGAUUGAGGGCUUCAGCAGGCCCGGGGCUGACUCUCAGCUGAUCCAGAGCUCCGCCUCUGACAAGCUUGGCGUCUAAGUAACCAGGGUGUGUCGGUGACUCUUGGCCAGUGGAAGAAGAGGAGGAACUGUAUCAGCCAAUCAGCUUCACCUCUCCAACCUGCAGGAAAACCCCACCACUCCUCGCCCCCAAGCCUCUCAGAUGCAAACGCGAAGAGCAAACACUGAAUGUUAUCUACCGUUAACUCACUCUGACAGAACACACUUAAACAUACACUAUACUGUACACAUCUUGUGCACAAAGACCAACGUGCAAUAUACACAAAAGCAUACACAAAAGCUCACACACAAAAACGCUUUGCCUCUCUGUCAGAGCAGUUCUAUUUCAGAUUACUCUACGACAUAUGCUGCCUGUGCAGUUCAAUGUAAUAUAUUGUAGCAACUCUAUAUUCACCUCCUCCUCCCUAGCGUUUGAUGGAGGAGCCCGCCAUUUAGUCCUGUAGCAGUUCAACAUUUCUUUUGAUGUAUUACGCUGUCUUGAGAGUAUUCUGACCAGCAGUCUUGCAGUGCACUGUAGAAGUGAUUUUGUGUAAUUUUGCGUCUCAAUGGUGUGUUGUAUCAUAUGGCUCGAGAAAACUUUACUGUAUGAUCAUGAAUUGCAUUUCUGAUCACAAUCAAGGCUAUGUAGACUAAUAAGUAUGCAAAAUGCAAGCAUACAGUGAAUAAAACUAUAACAUAAUACACUAUUACACCAUGUCACAUCAUUGUAAAUAACAACAACAACAAAUGGCUCCUCGAUCCUUUUUGUUUUCAGACUCUGUCACUGAACUGUGAAACCAACGUCUGUGGUUUGAACACUGUAAAAAGUUGCACUGUAUUAUCCUCUGUCCCGUUGCUCACGGUCGCUUUAUAUUUUGCUGUAAACGCUGCUCUUGCUGCUCAUGACUCUAGCCUCGCCUCGGGGAGAUCAUGGAGCAAAGUCGGUUAUGCAAAAGAGUGUACGGCAUUGAAAGACUCUGCAAGUACAUCUGCAAAACCCUACAAAUGUACAAAUGUGCCUCGUAGAGUGCCACAAAUGAAAAGGUUCACAAUGUGUAAAGAAAAAACACCAUCACCAUUACUUACCCUGUUAAGACUGCCCUGUCGUCCAUGUUGCGCUAUGCAGGAUGUCAGGGCGCAGCAUGUGUGCUUUGUGCAGUUUUUCAUUUACUGGUGAAGUCCUUAAGAAACAGGUGGCAGAUUCAAAUAAAAUGUUUAUAGUAUGACAUAUUCCUCCAGAUGUCAAUUGUUUAGGACCAAUCAGGGUGGAAUUCCCUGUCAUAGAAAGAGUGAACAGCUGUGUCACGGGCUGCAAAGGUAGAUUGACUGUGUGUGUCUGUGUCUCUCCGACACCUGUCUUCAUCUGAUCACAAUCCCCUCUGUUCCCGCCCAAUCAUCCUACUGUUGACAUGCUAAGAAUUCUCCUCAUCAGUUUUACUGUGAAAUAUGAUAGAGGGAAAAAAACAUUUUAUCUUGAAUAUUGGAAAGUAAAACUUGGUUCAUUUCUGCUUUGUGGAAUAUGUAGACACACGCAUGGAGCUUCAGCACUGGGGGAGAGCAUUAAUAAAACACUGAUUGGUCA